CAGCGCCUUCAGUUCAGUUUGGAACGUAAUGACGUUUGGUAGGUUAUGUGCGCUCUAGUGGGGCAUAACAUAGAGAAAUAACGCGACCUUUCAACUAAAGACAUCCAAUUCCGGCUACCGAUGAAUUACAUCGAUAUUGAAGUGAUAUUAACGUAUCUUUAGUUCGGUUUUAGUUUGGUGUUUUUUUAAUUUUGUGCUGUGGCUGUGAUCUCGGGAGGAGUGCGGCAGGAUUUUCGAUCGAAUCUUUAUUUACCCGAUUAGAAUUCCCAAGAAUGGCGAUUAUGUGGAGACUGUUUGUUUGCUUUGCGACCUUUUCGUCGUGCAGGGGUAUCUUCAUAGGUGGAGAACAAGAUGUAGGGAGCCCUUUAAGGGUUGCACAAUGUAGGGCUACCUGUCUUGAAAGGUUUUCUAAUAAUGCACCCGAUGGAGAAUCUGUUUGCUUGCAGGGACCAGACUGCUUCAUGUGUUGGGAGAACUGUGAACUACUCCAGUCCAACUUCCAAGUGUGGGGCGCCAUGUGUGAAGAAAAAGAGAUAUGUUUCCCUGGUUGCCAAGAAGCAUGUCGUUUCCACGCUGAAGCAUCCCUACGAGUUCAGCAAACCCAGCCUGUAAUCCACACCAAAGGCGAAGGUACCAUCAAGGUUUCCGCUGCUCAUGCCAGUUGGCCAAGACCGUCCUCAGUCGAACAAAAAACACCAUUGGUAUACGUUGUGAUGCGGAAAACGCUUGCUGGUCCAUGGAGGCAAAUUAUACAGACUCUAGAUCUCACGACUCGCGUACCAGUUAACUCAGAUCAAGGAGCCAUGCUUAGAGUGCUUGUGGUCGAUCCACAAGGUUUAGUCACCAUCUACAGUCCAGACGAAACGAGCGUAAAAGAAAACAGGAAGAGAAAGAAGACUAUCAAUACUGAAAUCAAAGCGACGACAAGCAAGAGUAUCAUGAAUGACGUAGACAUCCCAUGGGUUCUUCGAGAAGUAUCUUUGAUUCACCAAAAGGUGUUGGUGAUCGGAGAGAUCGCUUGGGAGCCCAAAGCAGCUCGUGGUGUCUACUUGGUGACCUGGGAAGUCGAUGGCGGUGGUCUUAAAGGCAACCUCUUCACCGAUUCCACCUGCGUAACCCUCUCUCUUUGGCCUGACACGAUCUACCACAUCCAAGUCGAGCUGGUCUCGAGGAUACCGGGUGUGGAAAACCUUAAAUCUGAAAUGAUGGACCUGGAUACCGGUCGAGCGCUCAAGGUUUCCACGGAAAGUCAAGAAGAUCUCAGUGCUAUGGCCGAUGAAGUGUCCGCAGAUGUCGAGUUCAACUCGCCCCUGUUGUCCGUUCUUGUGCGUGCGGCGAACGGAGAUAACGACAGAUUUAACAACGCUGAGUUAGUGUUGGGUAGCUGUGCGGCCAUAUUGUUGUUUUCUGUUGUGCUCUUCGCGUUGUUCUGGAGGUGUAGGAGGAGGUCUGGCAGGACCAUCGAGAACAUGAUCACUGGAUCUUCGACCGUGAGGAGCAAAAAAUUGAUAGAUGAUUACUCAGGCUACACAGAUUUUUAUUCGGUGAUGGUGGCACCCACCGACUUGCCUGAAGUGGAAAGAAGCGUCCAUCCCAAUGUGGCUUUUCAAGGAUCGUACGCUUCCAGUUUUUUCAGCGAAGACGACAAAAGAAAUGAAGUUCAAGUUUGACGUCACAGUUGCGACAGUAUUGCAACAUCACCGAAACAAAUCGAGUAAGUUCCUAAGAGGCGGUAUAAGUGACUGAAAAAUGAGGUGAUGUGAUGAAGUUUCAGUUCGAUGAUACUGGAUAAAUGUAAUAAGUGUAUAAAAACUAGUCUAAUAACUCCUUGGCAUUCUACAAGCGAUGUGAAGAACUGAAAAAAUAUUCAAAGCGAGAAACAACGAAGAAAAAGACAAUUUUUGUGAUUUGACUGAUUGUAGAUAGAUAAUACAAAUCAACAAAAUCAAAUUUCGUAAUGAUAGUUAAAUUUAAAAGCAAACACAUUUUUUUCUCCGUUUUUUCCUCAACUAACACGUUUAUAUCGACUUGUUUGAAGUUCUUCCACAGAAAAUUGAUUAUUAUACGAUUUUAAUCGAUAACUUUGAACGAUUCAAUUUUCUGCGGAUAACACUUUCUUGACUGUGUUAUUUCAAGUGAAACCUAUUAAUUUAUUGUAGAAAUAAUUCUCAAUCGAAAAAAUUGUACAUUUUAUUACUAUUGUAAAUAAUUUCGACCCUAUAUAGAACCUUCAAACCAAAAAUAAUGAGUAUCAAAUGUUUGUGUCGAAAUCUCUCAAGGAAUUUUAAAAUAUUCGUCAUUAUUUGGGCCAUUAAAAUAUACAUAUAUAAAUAUAUAUAGCAAAAAGUAGUUAUUGUUAGCUAGCUUUCUAUGAGAAUGUGCUCAUUUGUCGAUAUUGUCAGGAAUCUUCGCUGUUGAAUUUUAUAUUGUAACUCCAAAUGAUUUUCUACGAUUUCUUCAAGAGAUUGGACGAACUGACAGUUUUUAUUGGCGGAGAUUUCUUCUGCAAAAUGUUUGUUUUAUUGUUUUUUUGUACAUACUUAUCUGUAUUAUACUUAUUAUCUAUUUUACAUUAUAUAAGUUAUUUUUCUAUUACAUAAAUGGUCUGAGUCAAUCAAAUGACUGAAUGUAUAUAUCAUGAAAUAUAUGAUCAGUGGAUAUCA